AUGUUGCUGCGAGCGUGGGUGCUGGUGCUGGUCUUCGCUGGUGCUAGCGGUAACGUACGCAGGAAGCCUUCCGUUCCAGGUUGCGGUGAUCCAUGUGGAAAUAAAGCAGAUGGGUUGUGUACACGGAGCGAGGUGUGCCAGGUGCCGGUGCGGGGCAAGAACGAGUGUCAGGACCCUUGUCUUUGCUGCACAGCAUGCGAAAGUGAAACAAGCAAGCAAUGUUCGAGGUACGAGGGAGGUCAGUGCAGCAGCAGCUGUGGUGACAAUCAGCGUGUGAUUGCCAAAGCGUGUAAGGCAGGCAGUAACUGUGUGUGUUGCGCCGACCCGUGCAGGCCAACCAGGUCGUGUACUGACGCCCAGGGCUUGUGUGUUGACAAUGACAAGGCUUGUCUUAAUGGCAAGCUCGACCCCAAGGGAUGUGUUGGCCGUGACUGCAAGUGUUGCAUACCAAACUCAUGCGAGGGUGAAACAAGCAAGCAAUGUUCGAGGUACGAGGGAGGUCAGUGCAGCAGCAGCUGUGGUGACAAUCAGCGUGUGAUUGCCAAAGCGUGUAAGGCAGGCAGUGACUGUGUGUGUUGCGCCGACCCGUGCAGGCCAACCAGGUCGUGUACUGAUGCCCAGGGCUUCUGUGUCGACAAUGACAAGGCUUGUCUUAAUGGCAAGCUCGACCCCAAGGGAUGUAUCUCUACAAUUUUCAUGGAGUCAAGUGUGAACUAUGGAGUGGAGUCUGUGGGAGUUGUUAAUGAAAAGAACAAUUAA